UCCUAGACAAAGCUAGUCCUUUAGUACUUUAGUCGCCGCACCCAGUUUUGUGGCGGCAUUUGUGCAUUGCAGAUGUCACAAUGUCUUUUGCUAUGUCAUCUCGCCAAUUCCGUAAGGCGAACGGGCAAGCCAACUUGCCCCCGCCUCCGGAAGAUUCAGAUGAAGAUUACCAGCCUUUAUAUGCCCGUCGUCCAACCAGUUCUCAAUAUGCAGGGUUGGCGUUAAGCUCCCACUCUGAGUCCGACCGUAGUUCACGCAGCGAAGAGGAAUUGCAAGAUAGGGCACAAGCACUGCCCGUCCAAAAGAAGAACAUCAAGAAAAAGGGAGGCGGCGGCGGCGGCGGUGGUGGCGCCAGCGGCAGCGGCGGCAGUGGCGGUGGCGGUGGCAAGGGGCGCGUUCGCAGAACACCGGGCGCUGUGGAUGAUAUUGACCGCACAGUUCAAGAAGUGAACGCUAUGCUGGGCUCCCCAUCUGGCCCUCCGCCACCUCCGGCUGGAGCUGCCGCAGCGCCUAAGGUUAACCAUGCCUUGCAGGUACUAACCGUCGAUGCUCGACACUUGAAUGUCACCAAUGAGGUCAGGCGGCUGUUUGGGCCUGACGAAAGCGAGCUUAAUAAACGUGGCCGUAUACAUUCCAGUCGCGCCUUUAUGCUGCGUCGUGUUUUGGUUCACCCCAACAAAGACACUCAGAUUUAUGAGUUUAACAAUAUUGGUCUAUCCAUGAGUAAAUAUAAGGAUAUAAACAAACGAAUGUACUUCGUUUUCAAUCAUAGUGAAACGUAUCAAAAGAUGCAUCGCGCUUAUCUCGCGAGAUAUUCACGUGCUCAAACUUCUGAACUUCUUAUGGGCUUAGAAGAAGCUCGACGUAAUAUGCACGUUGAAGCCUUGUUAGAGAUAGCCGACCGUUUAUUCCGCAUGGAAGAAAAUGGUGUUGCGAACGAAAUCGUGGAGAACCUUGUACUAUUUCUCCAAUAUGUGGCUCACCCACUGUUUAUUCUCUCCCACAACAAUGUCCGACUGGAUUAUAAGUAUAUGGAAAACCGACCAUUCCAUGUGGCCAUGUUGAAGUAUGUGUACUUGCUUUCUAACAAGGCCUGCCACCGCACUGCGCUAGAGAUAGCAAAAAUGAUGCUCCUGUUGGACCCUAAUGAUCCGUUGGCACUGUUAGCUUUGAUUGAUAUCCUUGCUCUGCGCGCCAGGGAGCAUGAAUGGCUGAUUGAAGCAAUCCGCUACUUCGAUCAUCAGCGAGAGGCCAAGCUCCUGUUUAACAUCAAGUACUCCAAUGCUUUGGCUCAUUUCCAUGUCACCAUUAAGAGAAGGGGUGACUUCACGGAGGCAGAUAAGCUUAUGAAAGAGGCUAUUUUAGCUCACCCUCAGGUAUUCGUGCAUAUAAUGGCAUGCUGCGGUGUUUCCAACACUCCCAUUCUCAACCACGCUAUAUUCAAGCGUGAUUUGCAAAACCCAUGGACUCCAGGAGUGGAGGAACUGUUCUUAAUAUAUGCCAAAAUGACUGCUCCACGCUGGAAUGAACCGCCCGUAAUGGGUUGGAUCACAAAAAAUGCUGGGGAGCUCUGCAAGAGCUAUGAUGAAGAUACUACUGUCCGGGAGACUGCUAACAAUUGGGCCGUUAGCCGCCAUGGAUUGUUCCAGGUGUGGCCUCCAGAAUAUCUGCGCCAUAUCUCGGUGCUUUCCUGCAUGUCCAAGCUCAUCAUUGACAUGCCGGUGAACUCGUUCUUCCGGCCCACCUGUGGCUGGGACCCUGUCUUCGACAAGUCGGUGAAUCGUUACGGCUACUCGUACAAGGUCGACCCGCCCCGCAACCUGGGCAUGGGCGGCUCGCCUGUUUACAGGUAUGCUGCUCCGGAUUACGCCUUCGUCCCACAUCACGAGUUCGUGAACCCAGCGUUCCUGCAGGAUUAUCCUCCUGAAUUUGCUCCCGAGUUUUUGCCUCAUGACGCAUACGAGCGCCCCAACGCUAACGACCGCGAUGCUCAGCGCGCCCAAGAACCGAUGCAGCCGCAGGGCAUUCCACCAGCACAGCUGCAGCCACCCGUCCCAUACGUGGGAUUCGAUAUGCCAUACUUCGAGAUCCCGGGGCCGCUACUCGAAGGGCCACUUCCUGGGCCUCAGUUUUGGCUGCCUUUCGACGCACAGGAAAUUCCCCUGCUCGUGCCACGCAAUUUGCCACCAGAGGAGCUUACCAAUGAAACAAUUUUUGACGCCGAGACUGGCUAUAUAAACUACGAUUACGAUGACGACGAAGGAAACUUUGGCUACGAAAGGGAUCUGACCACAGCAAUGGCUUCGGUGCGCCUCGAUGACAACGUCGGUGGCGUUUACUAUCAUAACGCUUUAUUUAAGUAUUUUUUUAGGAAUAUAUUCUUUAUUGUUAAGAUUUUAAUAAUGAUUCAUAGUCAUCCUACGUCGAUAUUUUGUAUAAUAGCGACAGAGUUUUGUGAACGAUUUUCCUUCUGCGGCCUGAGGACUAUCCUAUCGCUAUAUUUAAGGAACGUGCUAUGUCUUCACGAGAACGCUGCGACAGUAGUGUACCACAUAUUUAUCAUGAUGUGUUACACCAUGCCGUUGAUGGGCGCCAUAUUGGCAGACAAUUUCAUCGGAAGAUACAGGGUGAUAUUAUAUUUUUCAAUAAUAUACCUAAUCGGGACGGUGCUGACUUGCUGUUCUGCGAUACCGCCGCUUAUGUUACCUCCAACAACGACAUCUAUGAUUGGGUUGUUGCUCAUUGCAACCGGCACGGGCGGCAUCAAACCAUGCGUAGCUGCAUUCGGAGGUGACCAGUUCCGUUUACCAGAAGAGAACCAGUUACUUCAGAAGUUCUUCUCCACUUUCUACUGUACUGUGAACCUGGGUGGGUUUAUGGGAAUGGUGGUCACGCCGGCACUGCGCAGGAGUGUCAUGUGUUUUGGAGAUGAUGCGUGCUACGCGCUAGGAUUUGGAUUCCCUGCUUUACUUGUGCUUAUUUCUAUUGUGAUAUUUGUUGCCGGCAAGCCAUCGUAUAGAAUAAAGCAGCCACGUGACAAUGUGACGCUCAAGUUCAUUUCCUGCGCUUGGUACGCGAUCUGCAAGCGCUUCAAAUAUAACUCCGAAUCGGAUGGGAUGCCCAGGGAACAUUGGUUGGAUUACGCUGUCGAGAAAUAUGGCGAAAAACUGGUUGCUGAUAUGAAAGUGGUGUUUUCCAUUCUAUAUCUCUACUUGCCAGUGCCCAUAUUCUGGUCACUCUUUGACCAACAGGGUUCUCGUUGGACUUUCCAAGCUUCAAGGUUACGAAGUGAGGUCUUCGGUGUCACCUUAAUGCCGGACCAGCUACAAGUGAUGAACCCUGCGAUGGUUCUUCUCAUGAUCCCGGUCUGUCCAGGAGGGGCCUGGCCUAUACUCCCAGAUAUGCCACCACUCCAGAAAAUGUUCAUCGGAGGAAUGCUAGCUGCAAUGGCAUUUGUUUCUGCUGGAAUCCUGCAAAUUGGCAUAGAGCGAUCCACAUUGCAAGUUCCUGGUCACCGUCAGACAGGUUUGGUGAUAAUGAACACGUUGGGUUGUCCGGUGGACAUGGCGAUCCGGGGUGAAGGUUUAGCGACGGUGGAGCAGCACGGCACGGCACUCAUGACUCCCUUGCCCCACAAAGGUCUCACUGUCACAGCCACCAGCCCUGUGAACUGUGCUGGAAGAGUUAUGAAAAAGCAUAUCGCGAAAGAAGAAUUGAAAACCGUAGCUGGAAUGUUCAUGCCAGUUGUAAUUGGACAGAAUUCUGAUGAUCAAAUCGGCUUGUAUUUCAUGGAUCCGAAUCCUUUUGUGAAGUCGCUGACUGGGAAACCAAAGUUAAAAGUUGUUUACGUCGGUGAUACAGGACCGAAUAAAAACGUGUCGAUAGCCGUGGAAACAGAGAAGCGACUGAGUGACAUUUACUACGUGUCGGAUGCCCCAGUUGACCAUAUUGGCGAGUCGGCAUACAUGUGUCUACAGCCCGGCAAGUUUCGAUGGCGAGCGUUGAGUGCGGAUGGCGAAAUGUCAGGCUCUGGUGAGGGGUACCUUCGAGCUGGUGGAGUAUACGUGCUGUGCCUGAGAGAACGGCUCGGCAGGUUGGAUGCAGCAGUACUACAUGCACCUAAUCCUCCCAACGAGCUGCAUCUAGCCUGGAUAGUGCCACAAUAUCUGCUGGUCUCCGUUGCUGAGAUCAUGUUUGCUGUGUCUGGUCUUGAAUUCUCAUUUACACAGGCUCCAAAAAGUAUGAAGACAAUAACCAUAGCUGCUUGGUACGUCUCAGUGGCGUUUGGAAACUUGAUCGUUAUUCUCGUUGCCCAAACCAAGAUAUUUCAGUCCAGGGCGACGGAAUUUUUCGUGUACGCCGGUAUGCUUGCUAUCGCAAUGUUGGUGUUCCUGCGGAUGGCACAAGACUACCACUCAAGAAAUAUCGACGCGGACGCCUCUUCCUCAGAAAGUCGUCCAUUGCUUCACCAUCGAUCCAAAGUGAUCUCAGUGCAUUCGUUGUCGACGUCAAGUACUCGUGCCUUCGGCGGGACGGGCAGCAGUGCAGCUUCGUGUUUGGGCGUGAUGGAGCGCUCACGACCCGCGGCCUGGCCUCAGCGAGCAUACGUCCAUAUAGCCACACCAAGCACGGCAGAACCCAAAGCUACAACACUAGCACAGGAAUAAUAACUUAUUUACAUAACACCUGGCUUUUAAACAGAUUCCGUUAAGACAGUUUAUGUAAUUUGCAUUCAAGUAAUAAGUUCGAUUGAAUUAAAAAGUGCCUCCUUCAUCAUUUGACACAAAAAAUUGAUGCGAUAAAAAGAGAAAACGUCGUACGCACACUAUCUGAAAAUGUUCUUACAUUUGAGGUGCUACGCCGCUACGGCGCUACGCAACGUAGCGAUAGCUCGUAGCAGAUUACGUAGCCUUAUAAUUUAUCAGACAGUUUGUUCAUAAGCCCCGUUUUAAUAAUUUAUUGUUAUCAUCGUCAUCAUCAAAAGCCUAUAAGAGCUACGUUUGUUUAAUGCGGGUUGGCGAUUUUAAACUUAUAAAUAGACAUUAUAAGCCCAGGUUUCCCAACGAUAUUUUCCUUCUCUGUAUACCACUGGUGUCUGAAUAAUUUUAGAAAGUACGUAUAAGUAACUCGAAAAAAAAACCACAUUGGUACUGGCUAGGUUUCGAAUCCGCGUAUGCAUGAGAACUACCACGAUAUAUUUUAUAGUAAAGACUGACAGGUGUUAUAUUAAACAAAUGACCUGAUGGUAAUGAUGUAUGCUCGUCAUGCAACCCUGGAGGACAUUGAUAACCACAUUUGGAUGCCUGAUGGCAUAGAAAUGUGAAUUAUCUAGUUAGUCGAAUAACAGGUGUAUCAUUAUCAAUUCGUUUGCAAACUCAAUGAAAAUUUAGUAAACCAUGUAUUCAGGUAGUAGUGAUGUCCGUAAAUAUUACUGAUAUCGACGUUUUGUACAAGGGGACGGCAGAUUAAAAAUAUUUACGUAAGUAUGCAAAGGUUUUUUAAAGUAGUUUAAAGCGUUUAUUUAGAACAU